AUGAAGAUCGUCGAGCUUGUAAUAGAUGGCUUCAAGUCCUACAGCCAGAGAACUGUCAUCUCUGGCUGGGAUGCGACCUUCAAUGCUGUCACCGGUUUGAACGGCUCAGGGAAGUCCAACAUUCUUGAUUCAAUAUGUUUUGUUCUAGGCAUUACCAACAUGUCUACGGUACGAGCCCAAAAUCUGCAGGACCUCAUCUAUAAACGUGGUCAAGCUGGUGUGACCAAGGCUAGCGUCACAAUCGUUUUCGACAAUAAUGACAAGAGCACGAGUCCUAUCGGAUUUGAAGAAUACAGUCAAAUCAGUGUCACAAGACAGAUAGUAAUGGGUGGUACCAGCAAAUAUUUGAUCAAUGGACAUCGUGCGCAGCAAACCACGGUUCAAAACCUGUUUCAGAGCGUGGGUUUGAAUAUCAACAAUCCCAACUUCAUCAUCAUGCAGGGCCGUAUCACCAAGGUACUCAACAUGAAGGCUGCCGAGAUCCUCGCCAUGAUUGAAGAGGCAGCAGGAACACGCAUGUUUGAAGACCGAAAGGAAAAAGCCACAAAGACGAUGGCCAAGAAAGAAAUGAAGGUGUUGGAAAUUGAGGGUCUGCUCAAGGAAGAGAUCGAACCAAAACUCGACAAACUCAGAGGUGAAAAGCGCGCGUGGCUGGACUACCAGAAGACACAAAGCGAAUUGGAACGGCUGACGAGGGUUGUCACGGCGGCCGACUAUGUUCGAGCAGGGGAGAAGAUGAAGUCUGCCUCACAAGAGCAUGAGCUGAAGAAGGCCAAAGUCCAACACUUGGAGGACAAUGGUGUGAAGCUUAAGCGCGAAAUCGAAAAUCUGGAGGAAGAUGCUCAAAGGGUGAAGUCAAUCAGAGAAAAGGAGAUGCGAAAGGGAGGUCGGUUCCAAGAACUCGAGAACAAAGUCAAAGAAUAUAGUCAUGAGCUUGUCCGGUUAGGAACAGUCCUCGAUCUAAAACAAUCGAGCAUCGCCGAGGAGGAGCAAAGAAAGAAAGACGUGGCAAAAACCGUCAAGUCUCUCGAGAAGCAGGUGGGCGAUAAAAAGAAAGCUCUAGAAAACCUGCAGUCGCGAUGGGAUACCGCGAAAUCAGACUCAGACUCUCAGAAUGCCGAGGUUGAGAAAAAGGAAGAACUCCUUUCAACGCUUCAAACCGGAGUGGCUUCACGAGAGGGCCAAGAGAGCGGUUAUCAGGGGCAACUACACGAAGCUCGCAAUCGUCUGACAUCUGCAGGGACAGAGCAAGAGCAGGCAAAACUCAAAAUCUCGCACCUUGAGAAACGAAUCAAAGAAGAGGAACCAAGAGCGAAGAAGGCUCGAGAGCAGAAUGCUGGAUUACUCAAUGGGCUCGAAACACUUCGCAAGCAAGCCGAAAAACUUGAGAAAGAUCUCCAAAAGCUAGGAUUUGAACCAGGUCGAGAGGAAAGCAUGCGCGAGCGGGAGGUCACGCUCCAAAAGGACAUCCGUCGUCUUACACAGCAGGCAGACGAAUUCAAACGAAAGGUCGCCAAUGUGGAUUUCCAUUUCAGCGACCCAUCGCCAAACUUCGACCGUUCCAAAGUGAAGGGAUUGGUCGCUCAGCUUUUCACAUUGGAUAAGGAUAAGUCCAUCGCAGGGACAGCGUUGGAAAUCUGUGCUGGUGGAAGACUCUACAAUGUUGUCGUCGAUUCAGCCGAUACUGGUACGCAGUUGCUCCAGAAAGGCAAACUCAAGAAACGCGUAACAAUCAUUCCACUCAACAAAAUAUCGGCGUUCAAGGCUUCUGCAGAAAAGGUCGGAGCUGCUCAAAAGAUUGCACCUGGAAAGGUCGAUCUAGCCUUGUCUUUGAUUGGAUACGACCAUGAAGUUUCCAAGGCAAUGGACUACGUCUUCGGAACUACACUCAUCUGCCAGGAUGCUGAAACGGCAAAACGAGUCACAUUUGAUCCAUCUGUUCGAUUAAAGAGCGUGACCCUUGAGGGUGACGUCUACGAUCCUUCCGGGACUCUUUCUGGUGGUAGCUCGCCGAACUCUAGUGGCGUUCUCGUGAUUCUACAAAAGCUCAAUGAGGUGACCCAAGAAUUGCAAAAACAUCAAAGUGAGCUUCAACAACUCCAACAGACCAUCAAGAGCGAGACAGCUAAACUCGCCAACAUCAAGUCUGUCAAGCAAGAACUCGAUCUCAAGACACACGAAAUCAAACUUACCGAAGAACAGAUUUCGGGGAAUUCUUCAUCCUCGAUCAUUCAGGCGAUUGAAGAAAUGAAAGCGUCAAUCGUCCAGCUGAAGGAAGACAUGGCAAAUGCAAAAACGCGGCAAACAGAAGCCGCCAAGGACGUCAAGAGAAUAGAGAAUGACAUGGAAGACUUCAGCAAGAACAAAGACAGCAAACUCAAAGAACUCGAGAAGUCCUUGAUCGAAUUGAAGAAGUCCCUUGGCAAGACAUCAGCAGCCAUUAAAUCUCUUCAGAAAGAACUCCAGGAUGCCAGAAUAGACAGCGAACAGGCCGUUAUUGACCUAGCAGCAGCAGAAGAACAGCUGACAGAAGUCAAUAGUGCCAUCGAAUCUCAGAAAGAGGAAAUGCAAGUUCUCAAGCAAGAGGAGACUGAAGUCAAAAACAGCCACGACAUCACCCAGGCUGAACUAGCGGAUGAACAGGCCAAGCUGACGGGAUUCGAUGAUGAGCUUCGCGAACUGGAGAAAGCGCAGUCGAAGAAGACGAAGCAAAUCCAAGAAGAGGCACUUGAGGUGCAAAAACUUGGCCACGCUGUCGAGAAGGCACAGAAAGACGCACAAGCAGCAUCAGCGUUGGUGGCACAGCUAGAAAAGGAACACGAUUGGAUUGAAGACAACAAAGACCAAUUCGGACGCACUGGCACGCCGUACGAUUUUCAAGGGAAGAACAUGGCGGAGUCACGAGCGACACUGAAGAACGUGCAAGAGCGGUUCCAGGGGAUGAAGAAGAAGAUCAACCCGAAAGUGAUGCCGAUGAUCGAUAGCGUCGAGAAGAAAGAGGCCUCGCUGAAGAACAUGCUGCGGACAGUGGUGCGCGACAAGAAGAAGAUCGAGGAGACCAUCACCACGCUCGACGAGUACAAGAAGGAAGCGCUGCUCAAGACCUGGCGCCAGGUGACCGAGGACUUUGGCAACAUCUUCUCGGACCUUUUGCCCGGGAACAACACGGCGAAGCUGGUCCCGCUUGACGACAACAUCGACCGCAUCCAGGAAGGUCUCGAGGUCAAAGUCUGCCUGGGCAAGAUCUGGAAGCAGAGUCUCACGGAGCUCAGCGGUGGCCAAAGAUCCCUCAUCGCCCUCUCGCUCAUCCUCGCACUCCUGCAGUUCAAGCCCGCGCCCAUGUACAUCCUGGACGAAGUCGACGCCGCGCUGGAUCUGUCGCACACGCAGAACAUCGGCCGCAUCAUCAAGACGCGCUUCAAGGGCAGCCAGUUCAUCGUCGUCUCGCUCAAGGACGGCAUGUUUCAGAACGCCAACCGCGUCUUCCGCACCCGCUUCUCAGAGGGCACCAGUGUCGUCUCGGUCAUGACGCCCGGCGAGAUCAAGGGUUGA